AGAACCCCACAAAGAUGGUUAUCUGCAAUGACCCUAAGUACCUGGUAUAAAGAAGUCUCACAAAUUGAGAUUGAAGCCGGAAUAUAUAAGGCUUCACAAUGUUCACGUAGCAGACAGUACUCUCAAAGCAAUUAUGAUCCACGGGCUUGA